AUGGUUCAUUCGACCGUACCGUAUGACCCCGCCAUGCGCGUUGGGAUGGGGUACAACUCAUUCACUCAGGAACUCUGCUCGCGAGACGUAGUUACAGCCAAACCAGCUCAGCUUCCACCCAAUUCAAAGGGACCGUCAAACGCAAACAGUCAGGUCGCCAGCUCCAAAGUCUCUUUCAACGAAACCUCGCGGCCUUUGAAUGAACAAGCACGAGUGACCGCUAAAUUCAUCACACGAUUCCCCGACCUGGUCCAAGUCUUAGGCGUUACUCCUGCAUCCCACAUCAAGCGCGGACGACAAUACGCCGACUUACUCAAUGUCGACGACUUCAACGACCAUCACAUUCAUUAUGUUGUACAUGUCCUUGUAACUCAAGAAGUCUCGAGUUCUAUCGAGCUGACCGAGCUCAAUGUCAUCGCAACUCUACCCAAGAAAGACUUCUCCGCAAUCUAUGGUGAUUGCUUCAUCUCAGGGUUCAAUGAGGGCGGGGAGUUCAUUGCACUUAUCUCCCUUAAGCUUGAAGAACCUUCCAGCGCCAAUAUCAGAGCUGUUAAGAGUUAUUUGGAGGGACAGAUAGGAUUCGCAGCUUCACCGCUCGCUACAGUCGACCCCAAGCAAUUACCCGAUCACGACAUAAAAAUCGUCACGCAUGUUCGAGGUGGAGACAAUCUUUCUUCUGGGCAAGACCGGACGCUGCGCAACAUAAGAGACGAAGCACUCUUUUUCUCCAAACAUGCAUUCGCCCAUCCUGUGCGGUUAAGUCCCAUUUUGACGAAGUAUACUACGUUGAUGGGCUUUCACAUCGCAAAAGCUCAGAAUAACUUUAUGGCCAUUCACAAUGUCGAACAAGGUUUCGCCUCUCUCGCCCUUCAACCAGCCGCGUCAGAACUCGAAAAGUUCUCCGCUGAUGCUAAAGCCGGCUAUGAAGCUCGAGAGGACUGGGUCAUCCAGUCAAAGGAAUCAACACCCACCACCGCACCCAUCGCUCUGCCCUCGUCGACAACGAUCUCGCCGCCUAAGUGGUUUAACGAGCUCUCUCCAUACCCAGCAACAACCCUUGGGCUAGGGCAAGCGUAUCGAGACAUUCAGCGCGAGAUGAUCAGGAUUGUGGAAGAGGCAAGUAACGAUCCGUUGAGACAAUCUGGGAUACUCGUGAACAUAUUGGUAGCUGAACGCAAUUUCCGACGACCCGGAACUCGUCACUACAUCGGCGCGCUUCUGGGACAAUCGCUCCCCAACCGUGUUAAAGAAGUUGUUACCGGUGAGAUUACUAGUACAUAUAUGGUUGACGAAGCAGCACUGAAUGGCAAGUAG